CCCUUAAAUUUAAAUAACAAUAUUAUUAAUAAUCUGAUUUUUAAUGAAACUGUGAAUCAAGAUUCUAUUUUUCCAGAACGUCACGAAAUUUUAAGAAUUACUGCCCGGCAAAACCUUGAACAAUACACAGAAAAGAUAGCAAUCCAAAUGUUAAAAAAAAGAAAAUUAAUUGAUUUUAAGAUUGGUGAUUUAGUUCGAAUAAAAAUUUCAAAAAUUGAUCGAUUUGGUACCAAUCGCUCUAGUCUCCCUUCACUUGGAGCUACUACAUAUCCCGAGCUUGAUGAGAUCCCAUCAAAUCAAAUAUCUAUUCGAGAGGCGGCAAGACUUCAGAGUGUUGAAUUAGUAUCAUGCUCU